AUGAGCCUUAAAUGUCGUGUUUGCGGUAAAGAGCUACCAGAAUACGAUCAACGUGGGUUCCGCAAUGCAGGUUUUACAGCACACCAGAACCGGUGCAUCGAGCGUGAGCGUGAACGACGCGAAGGAGUCACUCGACCGCCGCAACGUGCUCACACGAUGAACAUGCCUCGCAGACUGCUCCCAGCAUCGUCGUCGUCCCCUUUUUUCAAUUACUGGCGCCCUGUCUCAUCGCGACGUCGCAGACAUUCGGCAUUAUCUGGCACUUUACAACAGACCCCUGCAUCAUCCUCCUCAUCACCACCCUCGCUUUCUCCACAACAAUUGGGUUCAUCCUCUUCUUCUUCGGAAGCCUUUUUUGUCGGGUCGCCUCCUCUUCAUCAAUCACCUCCUCUACAUCCCUUAACAGCAACAUCUCAACAACAUCUACUGUAUCAACAACGUCAGCUAACGCCACCUCAGACAGCACCGCAAGCUUCAUCGGCAACAUCAGUAGCAUCCUAUCCACUACUGCCACCCACAGCAACGGUGCUACCCGUAGCAACGGCUCAUCAUCCAAUGCAACAGCCCCCUUUAGUUUCAUCGGACUCUUUGUCACAGGCUCAAUGCGGGCUGCAUGAUCCUAAUUGCUAUCUAUUGCAGUUUGCUACUGGCGCAGCUACCAGAGCGCCGCACGGCCCAUCAUCAUCUGCUCCCUAUUGA